AUAUAUAGUGAAGAAUUUUCAGUAGUUAUCGUGUAGAUAAUGGUAGUUAUAUCCAUCAUCCACUAAUGAACUAAGAUUAUGUUGUAGCUAUAGUGGAUAAUAUAUAUGGAUAGAUAAACAAAAAGACUGUCUAAUUAGGAUGAUCCCUUUAAUACCAGGACAUGACAAAAAUUAAUUUAGCCCAAUUAGGAAAUAUAAUUAAUGUCUGUCUUUUUUUUUUGUGUUUAUAAAAAUAAAUUAUACGCGUCAAAAAUUAAUUUUGAAAAUUUUGAGAUACCAAAUGGUAAUUACAACAGACACUUUUUUAAUUUGAUUUAUCUCUUCUUUGACGACUCAGUUAUCAAUUAGUUCAUCAAUUCGAUUCAAGAUCAUUUGACAGUAAUAUAGAUACUGGAUUUGUAACAAUGUCUAAUUUUGUUUCAUCGCCAGGAAGGAUUCCUUCAGAUACUGCUAGAUUGUUGCAAUCAUCUCAAGCAGGAGUACCAUCUUCAUCAUUAGGGAGAGAAACAUUCACUACACCAAGUAGUCAACAUCAAUUUUCAGAAGCCAACUUUUCCCAAACUCCAGGUAUCAAUCAACCUAGAAAUGAAAUAUCUGCUGGUAGAAGAAGACAACUUAAUGUUCCAAAAGUUGUUGAUGUCACUGCUGAAAAAGUUAGAGAAAGUUUUGAAUUGUUUAUUGAAGACUUUGUUGAUCAAACUGCGGUUGAUCCAGAAAAUGACAAUGAUGGUAGAGUCUACCUUUCUCAAAUUCAAGCUAUGAAAACUUAUGAAAUCAGUACUUUAUAUGUUAAUUAUCAACAUUUAGUAGCUCGUGAAAAUGGGGUGUUAGCAUCUGCUAUUAUAGAACAAUUCUAUAGAUUUUAUCCAUUUUUAUUAAAAGGAUUAAGAAAAUUACUUAAGAAACAUGCUCCAAGUUUAUUAUAUACCAGUGCUAUUGGAACUUCAAUGGAUGAUGAUUCAAUCACCAAUACCAGUGGAUCAUCAACUACCUCAUCCCAAUCAAAUGAAAGAGUUUUCCAAAUUGCAUUCUUUAAUUUACCAACUAUUCAUAGAAUCAGAGAUAUUAAAACUAAUAAGAUUGGUUCAUUGAUGUCUAUACUGGGAACUGUCACUAGAACUUCAGAAGUUAGACCAGAAUUAUAUAUGGGUUGUUUUACAUGUAAUUUGUGUAAUGCUAUUGUUGAAGGUAUUGAACAAGUAUUUAAAUAUACUGAACCAACUUCAUGUCCUUCAUGUGAAAAUCAAUCUUAUUUCACUUUAAAUGUGAACAAAUCACAAUUCAUUGAUUGGCAAAGAGUUAGAAUUCAAGAAAACUCUAGUGAAAUCCCAACUGGUUCUAUGCCAAGAACCAUUGAUGUUAUAUUAAGAGGUGAAGCUGUUGAAAGAGCUAAACCUGGUGAUAAAUGUAAAUUCACAGGUACUGAAAUAGUUAUACCUGAUGUUUCUCAAUUAGGUUUACCAGGUGUAAAACCUCAAUCGAUUAAAGAAAAUAGAGGUGCAGCAUCAUCUGAAUUAAACUCUGGUAUAUCAGGUUUAAAAUCAUUAGGGGUAAGAGAUUUAACUUAUAAAAUUGCCUUCAAUGCUUUCCAUGUUUCAUCAUUAGUUAAUAAAGUUAAUGAUGAUGAUAGUGAAAAUCAAAAAACUGAAGUUGAUUAUCAAGGAAGUAAUGAUCAAGAAAUCUUCUUAACUACCUUAAGUGAAGCUGAAGUUUCUCAAUUAAAAGAUAUGGUUAAAGAUGAUCAUAUCUAUGAUAAAUUAGUUCAAUCAAUUGCUCCAGCUGUGUUUGGUCAUGAAGUUGUUAAAAAGGGUAUCUUAUUACAAUUAUUAGGUGGGGUUCAUAAACAAACUGUUGAUGGUAUUAAUUUAAGAGGUGAUAUUAAUGUAUGUAUUGUUGGGGAUCCAUCUACUUCAAAGUCACAAUUCUUAAAAUACGUUUGUCGUUUUUCACCUCGUGCAAUUUAUACUUCUGGUAAGGCAUCAUCAGCAGCUGGUUUAACUGCUGCCGUUGUUAGAGAUGAAGAAACUGGUGAUUUUACUAUUGAAGCAGGGGCUUUAAUGUUAGCUGAUAAUGGUAUUUGUGCUAUUGAUGAAUUCGAUAAAAUGGAUAUUUCAGAUCAAGUUGCCAUUCAUGAAGCUAUGGAACAACAAACUAUAUCGAUUGCUAAAGCUGGUAUUCAAGCUACUUUAAAUGCUAGAACUUCGAUUUUAGCUGCUGCUAAUCCAAUUGGAGGUAGAUAUAAUAGAAAAAUGGGUUUAAGAGCCAAUUUAAACAUGACAGCUCCAAUUAUGUCAAGAUUUGAUUUAUUCUUCGUCAUUUUAGAUGAUUGUAAUGAAAGAAUUGAUACUCAAUUAGCAUCCCAUAUUGUUGAUUUACAUAUGUUAAGAGAUGACGCUAUUGAUCCUCCAUAUAGUGCUGAACAAUUAUCAAGAUAUAUUAAAUAUGCAAAGACUUUCAGACCAAGAAUGACUAAAGAAGCUCGUGAUUUCUUAGUUACCAGAUAUAAAGAAUUAAGAGAUAAUGAUGCUCAAGGUUUAGGUAGAUCAUCUUAUAGGAUCACCGUCAGACAAUUGGAAUCUAUGAUUAGAUUGUCUGAAGCCAUUGCUAGAGCCAAUUGUACAGAUGUUAUAACUCCAAGUUUCGUUGCUGAAGCUUAUGAUUUAUUAAGACAAUCUAUUAUCAGAGUUGAAAUGGAUGAUAUUGAAGUUGAUGAUGAUGAAGAAGAAAAUAACAAUGGUGAUAAUGAUGAUGAUGAUUCUAAUAAUAACAAUGAUGAUUCUGCUCCAACUACUGGUGAUAAUCAACCAUCUGAAGAUCAAGAUGAUUCCGUUAAGAAGGAAAAAGCAGCUGCUAUCAGUUAUGAAAAAUAUAUUGCCAUGAUGAAUCUCUUAGUAAAGAGAGUAUCUGAUGAUGAUAAUCAAGGAGGUGAAGGAUUAACCAGUGAUGAUUUAGUUGAUUGGUAUUUAACUCAAAGAGAAAAUGAAAUUCAAACUGAACAAGAAUAUUAUAAAGAAAGAAAAUUAGCUUAUAAAGUGAUAAAGAGAUUAGUUAAAGAUAGAAUUUUAAUGAGUGUAACAAAUAAUGAAGAUCAAUUACCUGAUGAAGAAGAUUCAGCCAGAAAUGCUUCAAAAACAGUUUAUAUUUUACAUCCAAAUUGUGCAAUUUUGGAUUUCUUUGAUCAACCAGCUGCAAAUCUUGAAGGUGAAGCUACUGAAGAAAAUACCUGAGUUGAAAUUGUUUUAUGAGAGUUGAAAUGGGCAUAUGUGUAUUAGAUUUACAAACCUCUAUGUA